UGGACCAGAUCCACAUAUCACGAAAACAUCAUUUAUAAUUAUCCACGAUGUAGCCAUGGUAACAAUCAAAAUCGUGCGUUAUGACAACAGCAGUUUCUGUCCGGACCGUUGUCGACAUAUUCUUGAAGGACGUUGCUCUGUUAAGUAACAAGGAGAGGUUAGCUGACGCUUUGGGAGUUCCAGCCUGCCUAACUACACAAUGGAACCUUCAUUUAAGCACGAACUUAUUCAAUUAUGAAACGUACUUUACUCAAGUUAUUAAUAAUUGGGCUGAACGGGAGACCGUCAACGCUACUAUUGGAAACCUGAAAGAAAUCCUUGAUAAAAACGACUUUAUAUUUGUGUCAGAUUCACUAAUACUCAAUAAAGAAACAAUCAUCAGGUCGAACGAUGAGGAUGGCGUUACAGACACUAUUACUUCAACCGGUGCGAUCCAAAUUAACAAUGUCCAUGCUGGGAACCUUACAAUUUAUCAUAUCGACCACAAUAACCAAAAUGCUCCAUCAAUUUGGGACUGUAUAUCAUGUACACGAUCAGAAAUACGAACAUUCUCCCGAGAAGAAAAGUCACUCGUGACAUCCACUAGUAAUACUAAAUUAAAUACUAAUAAUAGCAAUACCGGUCAAGUUAUGUCGGGCACCGGGAAUAACAAACACCUUACAGAGUCCAACUGUAAACCCGCAAUUGCCUUUGCCGUUCUAGUCCUGUACCUUGCCUUUUUCAUUUUUCUAUUUUCCAAAACUUACGGAAGGAAGCGACAAUUGGAAGGCACAAUUUUACCAACUAAUCUUCACUGUGAUGCAGUAUUUUCGAUAGAAAAGAUGCAUGUCUCAAUUUCCCCAGAGAAAUCUAAUAAUAAUGACGAUAAAACAUACUAUCCGAAUUGGGCAGACGGAAUAAUCUCAUUUUGCAACUACUCCGACGCCACUCUACACAUCGACUUUGAAGAAAUCAACGCCACCAAUAUUCCUGUGAUUUGUUGCCCAGAUAAUGUGACGUCUAUUGAAAUUACUGGUAAAAUUGUAUGGAGUUUUAUGCAGAAAGUGGUAGCACUCAUGUCUCAGGUAAGGAUGCUCACCUUCAUCGGGGAAACUGUGUGUCAAUCCGAAAUUGAAGAGUCACCUAGCGAAUUACGGAUUAAUUCGAUUGAGAGCCUACAUUUUCGAAAUUUUAGUAGAUGCAGCGAGUUAUUCGAAGAUUUAAUUGAACAUGUUCAUUUGACAAGCGUUAAAGAAAUGACGUUUAAGUGUGUUCGUUUUGAAAGUAACGAAAUGCAAAGUUUACAAAAUUUUAUUAACGUAUCUACUUCUUUGUUCACCAUUAUAUGUUCCAAUAAUAAGCAUUGUGCAAGUUUUAAAGCUAAGAUCCCAAAGAAAGUCAAGCUGAGUAGUAAGUAUUAUAGAUGUUGAUUAAUCCCAGCUGAAAUAAUUUUUAUUUUACGGGGAAACAGAUUGAUGUACCUUAAUUAUUUUUAAAUUAUUGUUAAGUUAAUUUAUUUUUUAUGUCAUAAUAUUUAUAAAUGUAUUUAUGUAUGCAUUCACAUAUCUCAAAUUUUUUUAACUCGCCUAAGCUUAACAAUAGCUCAAAACUUGAUAGAAUUUAGGAAUUUACAUGCACAUUCAAACAAACCAAUGAGUAAAGAAUAUACAAAUGAAUGAACAAGAAUGUACAAAUGAAUGAAUAAGAAUGUACAAAUUUAGUAUGUGCAUACAUAUUUAUGUAUGUACAUAUACGUGUACCUGGUAUAUAAAUAAAUUGUAUACAUGUGUGGUAUAUAAAUAAACCUGCAUGUUAUGCAUAAGUUAUGCACCCAUUGAAGACAAUAAUGUGCUACACACAGAUUAACGAAGACAAUUUUACCUUUGGUAAUUUGUAUACAAUUUUAAUAGCAUUAAAUUCAAACCACACCAAAACCAUUGACCGCUCGAGGUUAUUCAUAAAUACCAACAUGUGGAAAUAAAUGUGUAUGUGCAUAAAUUUUACGUGUAUAAUAUUAUACACAUGUAUAU